CCCAUACCGACACUUCCUCCUUUUCGUUCCCUUCAUGCUUCCUUCUUGUUCCUCCAUGGCUGCUCCCUUCCCUCUAGAUCCCCUCCAUUGCAGCACCAAUACUUGAAAAGAAGGAGCAAAAUAGAUCAAGGAGGAAGAGAGGAUCAAGGAGAUGUGCAAGAUCGUUGUUUCCCCUACUUUUCCCCUUGCGGAUUCUCAUGGGAAACCGUAGUGAGGCUUGAGCCCUACUGUACAUUCGAUUUGAGGUUGCUUGGGCGUGGUAGUUCAGGGUAGGGAAGGUUUUGGUGUGCAGGUUUAGUGGUACAUCUUGAAUCGAUGUACGUCAGGAGUUUCUAGACUGGGGAAAGGUGAUUUCGUGGCUAUUUUGGACUAUGUAAUGGAGGAUAAAAAUUAUAGAAAAUUUAUAUUAUGGUAGUAGACUCGAGUAUCAUUUUUUGGGUGCAAAAAUCACAUCCAUGGCUGUUGCAUGCUGGGAGUUAUGGUCGGUUCUUUGUGACCCAGUUCUUCUACCGAAUUUCUGGAUAGAGUUAGAUCUAUAAGAUUUUCGGAACCCUUAGAAGCAAACUUAGGCUUACUAACUAAAAGAAUCUUGUAGUGACUUUCAUAAGGUUUCUACAUUGGUAAUGAGCAUAUUUUUUGGAUAAGUGGAACUCCAUAUAUGGAUUUAAAGUUCAGGUGUACUGUUUUGUUGACAGAGAUUUUCAGUUAAGGUGUAACCCUACUUUAUGCCAUUUUGUUGACCUCUAAUACAAAUAUGGAUAAUACUAAAGUUGUAGACCAUGGAAUUAUAUAUCUUCUGGUGAAAUUUUAGAAUUUUUGGACAAAUAUAUUUGGAGUUAUGGAAAUGUGAAGCUUGUUGUCCUGUUUUUCUAGGCAGAUUCAAAGUUCUGUUUUCAACUGCAGUUUUGACCAUCUUAACACCAUAAUAAAAAUAAGAUUCCUCCAUAAAAUUUUUAGGCAUUCAUUUUUAGUUUUGAAAUAUCUAUUUAUUUGGCACCUCAUUCAUUGUAUAAAAAUAGAUAUGAAAAAGAGAAGUACGACUGCUCUUCAUCAAUGUUGGUGACCAGAGCUGUUGUUUGUAGGUUUCUUUUCGUAUUGGGGGUUUUGGACAUAGAAUUAAUUAUAUUUAUUUGGCUAUGUCAUUUGGAGUUGUUUUUCUUAUAUAUGAUUGGUUUAGCAGGUGAUGUUGCUAUGAGGCAUCUAUGCCAUGUCUACAUGGUCGGUAAAGGCAAGUGAACGAAGCUGUUGUGUUGCUGCAACUUUAACAUUCUAUUUUUACUGCCUCCACUUAUAAAAUAAGCACACACACUUAUAUGCCAUAACAUAAAAAUUUAGACUUGACUCAUAAUUAUUGGGUGGAGUAUGAAACGAUGUUGCUAAUAUAAAAUUAGAGGUAUUGUUGUUGUUGUUGUUUUUUUUUACAUCAGCAUGGGUGGAUAGAUAAAUGAGAUGGUCUAUAUGUGGGAAUUUUGAAUUUAUGGCUGGGGAUGAAGUAUAUUUACAUAUGAAAUAUACUUGGUAAUUUAUCUUAUGACGUGUUUUCCUGUGUGUAAAAUCUUUGGAAUCGUUGAUGGUUUAGUAAUGAGUGGGCCUGUUAUAGUAGAGGUUAGCUAAUCUUGGUAUAUGAAAUUCACUAUGGUACUUAUGCUACUUAUGUCUCUUAGUGCUAUCAUACGUGGGUAAAUUGGAGUUUGGAUUACGAAUAAGAAUCGAAGUAGUUCCCUACUAUUCUUUGGUAUACGUGUUCAAAUAUAAGAAUUGAACUUUGGGUUGACUAGCUUUGUUUGGAAACAUUAGUUUCUUUCUUUGAUAUGACAGGUCUACUUCGGGUUUGGAUUAUGAAAUUAGUGUUUCUCAAGGUUUAAACUACUCAUGGCAUGCUAUUCUAUUUCCUUAAGAUUACGGAGAUCUGGAGAUGUACGUUAUGAUUAACUAUUUGGUUGAAGUUUGGCAUAUGUGAAAUUACAUUAUUUAAUUAUAAUUGAUGCUAUUUAUGUUACAGAAGUAUUGUUUGUAUCUCUCUAUAUUAAUUAUCAUGGACUAUUCUCUUUUUUUUCAUCAUGGAGUAUAUGGUAUAUGGAUAUUAUUUGGAUAUGUCAUUUAUCUUGUGGCAUUUCUAUAUAUGAUUCCCCCGCAGCUCGGCGGCCGACCAGGCCGUCCACGUCGUCGUAAAAUUUUUUCACCAUUCGUUCAAUGAUUUACGGCGUGUAUUGCCUCAUGCUGGCUUGCUGCGGUAAAAAAAAUCCCCCCAUUCGAUCUCUCAGGAAGGAUCCUGUUCACGGCUCAUUCGAGUGCUCACCUACUCCUGUGCCGCACGACCGCCUCCGCCUGCCGCCGCCGUCCUCCUUCGGGCUGGCUCUCCACCGCCGCUCCCCGCCGUCUGAGCCGUGGGUGAGCCUCGCCGCCCUACAGGCUUCCUUGCGCGCGCCGACCCUGCCACCGCUUGCCUCCCUCGCCGUCCUGCCUAUCGGCGUCGCCGGCCCGACGCGGCCUCGCCGCCUUUCCUCUUCCCGCACAGGUCGCCGCCGCCGCCCGUCAACCCCGCCACUGGCCACCGAAGCACGUCUCCCCGCCCGAGCACUGCUUCUCCUUGCACUUCCCCGCCCGGACAGCUGCCGCUCAUCCGCGCCGGCCGUCCUCACGCGGCGGUCGCCAUCCAUCCCCGCCGAUGUGGCCCACGCCAUGCGCUGCCGCCAAAGGAGGCGCGCCGGCCGCCCCUCCCCGUUCGCGGACACGUACGCGACGCGCCCCUCCCAGCAGGCGGCGCGGCCGGCCCGGCGCUCCGAGCCGCCCUCAAGGCGCACGGCCGCGCACGGUCAGCGGCGCUCCCCACGCGGCGCCGGCGGAGCUCCGCACAUGCGCACACCGGCGCUCCCCGCGCGGCGGCUACGGAGCUCUGUCCGCGGCUCGCGGCCCGCGUUACCUCCGCGCUCCCGGCUGCCACCGCUCGCCUCGCCUCCAUCUGCGUCUCAUGGGACGCGUCACCUCCGCGCUCGCGCCGGCCGCCGCUCCCCAGUUGCGCCGCCUUCGCCCGUGGCUCAUGGGUCGCCGUCGCCUCUGCACGCGCACCGGACGCCAGUCAUCUCGCGUACGCCCGCAGCGGCCGCCAAGGCCAUUGCCGCCAUGCCGCACCUCGACGGGGAAACGGACUAAUCCAUCCGUGGAAGCCCCAUCCACUGCGAAGCUGCACACCAUGCAUUUGACGGUUUGCUUGUGUACCCUCUGCUUCGGCCAUGGAAGAUGCCCGCUGUGUGUUUGAUGGUUUGCGUCUGCAACACUGACCAAUUGACCAUGCCCUGAUUUAGAUGAUAGGGAGCCCUGUUUAAUAAAAAGAAGACACAUUUAAGCUACUUGCCUUAUCUAAGGUAAAUGUUUCUAGCUCGAAUGUGAAUUUUAUUUUUCAAGCAAUAAUUUAAACAAGUUAGAUACCUUGGAUAUGAUGCUCCUAUGUCAGUCUCACAUAUAUUUGCAUUUACAAAAGAACAAUCAUUCUUCAUCCUUUGCGAUUAAGCUCACCAUAUGGUUUGAUGACAUGGUCUAAUCUGAUGUAAUCAUACUUCAUUUCAUACAAAUAAAGAUUUUCUGGCCAAGAUUUGUAUCACCAGUUCUAGCUAAGGAAGGUUCGUCGCAUCCUUGCAACUUCACAGGUGAAAUCAACAAGACUGUCAUUGCGCUUUUUGCUCCCUCUGCUCAGAACAAUAAACAGCUAGACAUUUUCUCUGUUGUAUAUCAACAAAACUUACAUAACCGUAUAAAGAAUUCGGAUGACAUGUUUGAUCUGUGGAAUUUAACUUAGCUAUCAUUGACUUACUCCUCAAUUGAUUGCAGGGUGGUUUGAUAUAAAGCUCUACACAAGAUCCUCUCCCAGUGACGAUUUAACAUUUGUGAUAGCUGUGCCAAUCGAGCUGUUGUGCUUUCUAUGCAAUGCAACACCACCGUGCUGAAGGCCAAAAGCUCUUCUAUAAUUGGUCCUGCCCAUUUCUUUUCUUCUUUUUUCCCCACUUCAUUCCUAUUUACUUCAAUAGGCCUGCUUUAUAUAGCCUCCCUACUGCAAUACAAUAUGAAUUGUGCAAUACAAAGCAUGCUUAUAUAUUAGAAUAAUUGAUAACUCGCCAGCAUUAGGGGCUACAUUUCUUCUGUUUUGCUCUACCUGAACAAUUUUUCUCAUCUUAACAGUUGCAAAGCAUCCUAGAGAAAUAUCAGAUCUAGUGACAUCGCUCUUUACUGCUUGAAAUUCUUUCACCCAAGACUCUGAGAGAUGAUGAUCAUGUUUGCGAAUCCAAAUUUUGGUGCUAGAUGCAGACCUGGUUUGGUUUUGUUGCUUCUUACUGCCUGAUAUUCAUUCACCUGAAAGAUACUGAUCAGGUUUGCCAAUAUAAUUUUUGUGCUGAUUGCUGCCCUAAUUUGAUUUGAUUGCCUGAUAAAAAUUAAUAUACUUGGAUCAAUAUACUUUGUAUUCAAACUGUUCUGAUUGCCUCGAGUACUGUCUACCAUAUAAAUCUUUGAUUACUGAAGUUGGGGAUGAUAGGAUUGUAUUAUGUGGUAUAGAAUUAUAGCUACCACAGUUGGAGUUAGUCACAGCUCGGCAGCGUUAAUUCUUUUGGAGAGAGUAAUCCUUAAUCUUAGCCUAUGAACGAUCAUCAUUGCAAGCUGUUCUAUUCUUGUAAUGUGUUUACAGUUUUAGUUUACCAGAUUACAGUCAUUACGGACUGGUCUGCAUAUUGUAUACCAAAUUAUUAUAUUAUUUGUUUUUCUAGGUAAGCCACCCUUUUUUCCCUUUGCAUAAAUGCUUCAUUAUAGAGAUCUAAAGUUGCGUACUUGGUUAAUCACAUGAACUCCCUGUGUUAGUACUCUAUAUGAUUCAAUUUCAUUUUCAGAAUGUUGGGCCUUUCAAAUGAAAAUCUAGAUCUACUAAUUUCUCUCCUCUUUGUUCAUUCCGAGAGGGGUUACUUUCAAAUUAAAAUAAAAAGGGUUAAACCAGAUUACACGGUGUAUUUAAACAACUGUAAUUUAUGGACGUUUCUUGCUUUGAGGGGAAACAAUUUCGAAGGUGAUGCAUUAAAUGCGAAGCAAAGUUGAAUAAUGCCCCGAACCAAUUUUUUACAUUAAUUGUUUAUUGUUAUGGUGAAAAGGAACUAUAAAACAUAGUUGACUAAUGCUCUGUUCUUUAGAGUUGCAGGCCUUGAAUGGUUGUCUCAUGAUCAAAACAUAUGGUGGCCUGAACCAACAAUGACUUCCUGUAUGUUCCAGCAUUGGACAAUAUAUGGUAUAUGGUCAUGUUUAUAAUUUUUACUACUGGUGGGAAGUAUGUUCAUAAUUUUUUGAAGAGCUAGAGGAGUUGGCUUAGUUCAAGGUAUUGGCUGCACCAGCGCUCUUAAGUUCUUUUUUAAACUUGAACACAUAUUCAGAUGAAAUACUUAGGUAUCCAUACAUGUUAAAAGAAUCAUUAUUAUAUAUGUUGAUGCUUAAGGGCUAUACCGCUAGAUUGUUUACUGCAACUUGCAACUGUAUUUAUUUUUGCUAAACCAGCGUGUAGUUCCUACCUGCAUCCUACUAGCUCCAUUGACUCAUCAUUUUCCCACCUAUUUUUUAGGGAUCCUGAUUUCAAGGUACAUUCCUAACUCUAUCAGGGUCCAAAACUCUCUUCUAUUACAGCUUCUACUGCCAAUUGCAGUAUUUUUUAUCAACAUUAUGCAAGUAACCUGGCACAACAUUGCACCUGUUCCGGAAAAUCUUUGGUCUCAAAUCACAAAGUAUUAUUCACAGCAAGAACAUCCAACAACUGAAUCUCAGUAGAGCAAGAAAGCAAUUAUUUGUUGCAGGGACCUAAUUUGCAGGUGCAAUUCUGGCUCAGCAGCUGUCACGUCAUUAAAUAGAAAGGUUUAUAUUUUUUAAAUCUUGUGUGGUUACUAUAGUACUAAUAGUUUUUAAGUUCAAAACCCUGCAGGACAUCUACGCCUAUAUUGGGAAGGUCACUCCUCUCGGACCACCACAAAUUAGGUUAUGCUAAAUUUCAAAGUAGCUUAAACUAUGUAGUUGAUAGUUAAUACUUCCUAGGCAAAAUGUAAAAUAAUAAAAUUUUCUUGUAUUAACCAUAAAUUUGGCCUGAUGUUUUUAUGUUCCCCGAUAAAUAAUAUGAAUGUAAUAAUGUUACAAGUUCCAGUAUUUAGAUUGCAACUUUAUUAUCA